AUGGCCAAUGACCCAACGGGGACACCGAGUGGCCUAAUUUGGGCCAACCGCCACAGCUUCUGCCUUCGCUGGUGCCGGGAUCCGCUCGAGUCUGCUCCCUCAGGCCCGAUCGUCGUUACACUGCAUUGUCUACUUGCGGCCCGGGUCUCAACCCGUGGCGCUGGGAUGGCAAUGCAGGGCCCGCCGGGGCACCCUCAAUAUGAUGCCGCUCCUUUGACUCGUCUUCUCGCCUAUCAGGAGCUACUGCAGACGCAAGUACUCGGCGCUAGCUUGAGCCCCCGGCGUGCCUCGCUGGCUGACGAGCGUCUGGGUCGCGUGGCAAUGACGGAAAUGUCUGGAUUAACACUCUAG